AUGAUUAAUAACCAACAACAAAUCAAACACGAAGAAUUGCAACAAGCUAUGAAGAAUUUAGAUUCAGUUAUUCAGUCAUGGAAUUAUGACAUGACAAAACGAGAGAAGGAAUUCCAAGAAUUAAAAGAAGUGUCAACAAAAUACCAGUUCGGAGAAGGUGAAAUAAUCAAAUUAAAUAUUGGAGGAAAGAAAUUUAAUGUGAUGAAGGAAACACUCAGCCAGAAAAUAAUCAGAAUAGAUUAUGACAGUGAGGAGGAUGGUGAGGAUGAAGAAAAAAAGUAUUAUCCUCCACAUUUAUUUUCUGCACUUGUUUCUGGCAUGCACAAUCUCACAAAAGACGAAUCAGAUUACAUAUUUAUUGAUAGGUAA